AUGCCGUUGACCUCAACAUCCCCCAAUAUCAAAGCUUCCUACCCCUCCAAAGACCGACAGCGGUCGACAGUACCAACUAUGAGCCUACACGAAGAGGAGGAAGGCGAGGCGGGAGAGGCUGAUGGCCUGCUUCCGCACUACUUCGGCGAUGAUCCUCGGCCGACAAGUAAACGGGAGCUGGCGGGCUGGUAUUGCUAUGGCUGGGCAGCAGAGGUCUUCACUGUGUGUGCCAUGGGCUCAUUUCUUCCGAUCACACUCGAACAGCUGGCACGGGAUCGUGGCGUUCUCCUGAGCGACAAAACCACCCCCUGUAGCCCAACAUGGAAGCCCUCGAAGCAACAGAUCCCUCAUGGAGACGGAUAUGAUGCCCAGGGGUCCGAUGCUGGCCAGUGUAUCAUAUACUUCCUAGGUGCCGAGAUCAACACGGCAAGCUUUGCCUUGUAUACAUUCUCUCUGAGUGUCCUGAUCCAGUCGAUUCUAAUUAUAUCCAUGUCCGGCGCCGCCGACCAUGGAAGCUAUCGCAAAAAGUUGCUGGUCAUGUUUGCAUUUAUCGGCGCUGUUGCAACGAUGUUGUUCCUUGCUGUGCUUCCCCAAGUCUAUCUUCUUGGAGGCCUCCUUGCCAUCGUUGCGAAUACUUGCUUUGGUGCGUCCUUUGUCCUUCUCAACUCGUUUUUACCGGUACUGGUUCGCCACCAUCCGUUGGUCCUGGAAAAGAGCCUGAAUGUUCCCGACGCACUGGAUGCUACUAGCCCGUCUAGAGAGGAUGGUGUGCAAUCCGACAAUGGUGCCCAGGGACAGCCCGACGCCUACACACCGCUCCUGGGGCCCGGCUCCAGUGAACGAGAGAGUGCCCUGGAUACUAUGACCUCUGUGGAACUCCGUCUCUCCACAAGGAUAUCAUCAUAUGGAAUUGGAAUAGGCUAUGUGGGCGCUGUGAUUCUGCAGAUGCUGUCCAUCCUGGUCGUGGUGACUUUCCACCAGACCACCUUUUCCCUCCGUCUGGUGUUGUUUCUCAUCGGGCUGUGGUGGUUUGUAUUCACCAUUCCAGCAAGUCUAUGGCUACGCGCCCGCCCCGGCCCCCCGCUGUUGGGAAGUGAUGGGAAACCAUUAGACUCCUGGGCGGCAUACUUGACCUACUCGUGGAAGUCCCUUGGAAAGACCGCCAUGCGCGCCCGGCGCCUGCGAGACAUCCUGAUCUUUCUGGCCGCAUGGUUUCUGCUCAGUGAUGGAAUUGCCACCGUCAGCGGCACCGCCGUGUUGUUCGCCAAAACUGAGCUUGACAUGAAGCCUGCGGCGCUCGGGCUGAUCAAUGUGAUUGUCAUGGCGUUUGGGGUGUUUGGAGCCUUCUCGUGGAGCUACGUGUCCGGUCUCCUUGGUCUCCGGGCGUCGCAGACCAUCAUUGCCUGUAUUAUCCUAUUUGAGAUCAUUCCUCUCUACGGGAUUCUCGGCUUCUUUCCCUCGGUGAAGCGAUUGGGGAUUGGCCUUCAGCAGCCGUGGGAGAUGUACCCGCUCGGCGCCGUGUAUGGGUUGGUGAUGGGUGGGCUCUCGUCAUAUUGCCGUAGCUUCUUUGCCGAGCUGAUCCCACCGGGCUACGAGGCGGCCUUCUACGCUCUCUACGCGAUCACCGACAAAGGAUCGAGUGUGUUUGGGCCGGCCAUCGUCGGGGCGAUCACGGACCGCUACGGUCAGAUCCGACCGGCCUUUGUGUUCCUGGCGAUUUUGAUCUUCCUCCCGCUGCCGUUGAUGCUACUGGUGGAUGUGGACCGCGGCAAACGGGAUGCAUUGGAGCUUGGAGCCGAGCUGGACCGCCUCUCUGAGGGAGCGGGAGAUGGGGCCAUCUCCGCUGGCUCGGACGCUAACGCGGCGAACGAGUCCGACGCGGCGGGGCCUAUGGUGCCUGCAUCGUAG